AUGAUGUCCGUCACUACCAAAGCCACUAUCGCCUCGUUCGGCGGCAAGCUGCUCAAGCUGAGCCAUGUCGCCUCCACCACCCGCUGCGAGAUGUCGUUCAACCUCUACCUCCCCCCGCAAAGCCAGUCGCAGAAGGUCCCCGUGCUGAUCUACCUGUCGGGCCUGACCUGUACUGCCGAGAACUGCUCCGAGAAGGGCUUCUUCCAGCACGGCGCCAGUAAGAAGGGGAUUGCCGUGCUGUACCCGGAUACGAGUCCACGCGGCCUCAACAUUGAGGGCGAAAACGACGCCUAUGACUUUGGCACUGGCGCCGGCUUCUAUGUCGACGCCACCAAGGCCCCCUACGACGCCGGCUACAACAUGUACAGCUAUGUCACCGAGGAGCUGCCGCAGACUGUCUUUGCGGCCUUCCCGCAACUUGAUGCCAGCCGGGUUAGCAUCACGGGCCACAGCAUGGGUGGACACGGUGCUCUUACUCUGUUCCUCCGCAACCCCGGCAAAUAUAAAUCCGUCUCGGCCUUUGCGCCUAUCACGAACCCGACCAACUGCCCCUGGGGCCAGAAGGCCUUCAAGGGCUACUUCGGGGAUGACCAACAAGCGAAAUGGAAGGAGCACGACGCAACAGAGCUGCUCAAGAAGUGGAAUGGAGGGCCGCUAGAUAUUCUCAUUGACGUGGGCACCGGCGACAACUUCUACAAGCAGGGCCAACUACUGCCCGAAAAUUUCGAGGCUGCCGCCCGUGACGUCGGUGUGCAGGGCCUGCGCGUGCGGUACCAGCCGGACUACGACCACUCGUACUACACCAUGGCGAGUUUUGCGGAUGACCAUGUGGAACAUGCGGCCAAGUAUCUCUUUGCAUAG